AACAUUAAAUAGUGCCAAUCCAUCAGCUAGCACCAGAAUUUCUAGAUCAGGCUGCAGAAACCCACAGAGCCUGAAGAAAGAGCAUCCAAAGACUUCCCAGGAGCACAAGCAGUUGUACACCAUGACCGAACAGGUGAUUGGAGCCAACAGUGUACCUGGCAUUAUUGCCCCAGAUAAUGUUCACGUCAUCCAGCCCAGCAACCCUGUGGCCUCUGGAAAUCAUCUGCAGCCUUCAGAGGUGACCACUUACCCAAUCUCACCAAAAGUAAUCCAGUGUGAUACAGGAAGAGCAAACUUACAGAAUCUACUCGUGGUGAACCAGAACUCAGCAGCAGGUGUACAGAGUCAACCCAUUGGGUAUCAGCGACAGUAUCCAGUGGGAACAGCCAGUUUGCAGAUGGUGCCUGGAGUGAUCCAAUACACACAGGGAACCACGAAUCUCCAGACAUGGCCUGGAGACCUUCAGAAUCCUCUGAAUGCUAACCCUGGGCUGACACACACCUCAAACUCAUCCCAGUGGGACACGUCAUUUGCAUCAUUUACUUCAUUUAAUCUCAAGAAAUUCAUAAAUGAGGAGGUCAGAACAUUAGGGGCCAUCCAGAUCCUCAUCGGCCUGACGCACAUUUUCUCUGCAAUUAACCCUGUGCUGUAUUACUAUCCUUUUGUGACCUGGUUGUCAGGGUACCCGCUCUGGGGAGGAUUAUCCUAUAUUGUAUCUGGAUCCCUCUCAGUAUGGGCUGCAAAGGACCCCAGUCCUUGUGUGGUGAACAGCAGCAUCAGCUUCAACAUCAUCAGCGCACUCUUCGCCUUUGCCGGGAUCUUCAUUAUCAUUACAGAUCUGAGCCUUUACUAUGUGACGACAUAUUCAAAGGCGGUUUCUGGCGGUCUUCUCCCCUUUGCCCUCCUGGAGUUCAUCCUCACUUGUGUGGUCUCACAUUUUGGGUGCCAGGCUACCUGCUGCAGACAAUUUGAGAAUGUGGCAGUGAUUCCAACCAUAUUCAGUUUCAACCCAGCCAAUACCACCACCAGCCCUGUCAACGCUACCACUGGUCCUGUCAAUGCUACCACCGGCCCUGUCAGUGCCACCAAUGGUCCUGUCAAUACUACCAUUCACCCUGUCAACACCACCACCAGCCCUGUCAACACCACCACCAGCCCUGUCAAUGUUACCACUGGUCCUGUCAAUGCUAACAUUGGCCCUGUCAAUGUGACAACUGGCCCUGUUAACACUACCACUGCCCCUGCCAAAGCUACCACCAGUUGUGUCAAUGCUAUUAUCCACACCAGCAAUGUACCCCCGAACCCUCGUACCAAGAAAUAGCUGAUUUGCACGGAGACAGAUGACAUGGGAUGCCUGUCUCAAUGACAAGGGGAUACGCUGUAGCAGUAUCUUUCCUUCUCCCUGAAACUUCCAUGACCAUGACCCUAGCCUUGUUGCCAGACUGAAAUGAACAAGCAUUUCCUCUCCUC